AAGUAUAAAUACAGACAGUACAUGAAAGAAGUAGGAGUCGUGAGCCACUGUCCGCGAUGCUGAUGAUAAAGCCCUCCGUAUUUUCAUCUCCUCUCCUAAACGUCACCAAAUCUCUUCCCUUUCAACUCCGCACUUCCAACGCCGCAACUGGUAUCACACUAUCGACACGGAACCCGAAGCGGGCCCUUCAAUUUCGGGUGUCCACGUCGGCCAAUCCGACGGUCGAGGUUGCACCAUCAUCCCCGGCUAAUGUCGACGGUGAAGAACCCGAAUCUGGAGCGGACAUUGUGCGGAAGUUCUACGACGGAAUCAACCGCCAGGAUUUGGCCUCAGUGGAGGAGCUCAUCGCCGAUAAGUGCGUGUACGAGGACCUUGUGUUUCCUCGGCCUUUCGUUGGUCGUAAGGAUAUACUUCAGUUCUUUAGAAAGUUUAAUGAUUCUGUCGGCAAAGACCUUCAGUUUGUUAUUGACGAUUUAUCCACCAAGGAUUCUACAGCAGUUGGGGCCACAUGGCAUUUAGAAUGGAAUGGGAAGCCUUUCCCCUUUAGCAAAGGAUGUAGCUUUUAUCGGUUGGAGGUCAUAAAUGGCAAGAGACAGAUUAUCUAUGGUCGAGAUAGUGUUGAACCUGCAAUCAAGCCUGGGGACUCUGUGUUGGUAGCUAUCAGAGGUGUGGCUUGGCUUCUUCGACAAUUCCCUCAGCUUGUUGACCGGUUUUAAAGUAGUUAUGUAGAGAGUUAGUCACCGUAAAUAUUCAUCAUUUACAGUGAACUUGUAUAAACAAGUUUGUAUAUGCAUUACAGUGAUUACACAUGUAUAUUGAUCAUAUUUUACAUAUAAAUGUAUGUACAUAAAAAAGGAAAAAUUAUUUGGUGGAAACAUGUGAAUCAUGUCCUCUAUGGUCA